UGCGAUGAACUUGUACAUUAUUGCAGAAGCGCAAGUCAGGAACGGCGGUGGAAUUUUCCUAAAAUUAAUGAAAGUUCUAUCAAAUAUAUUGACUGCUCUUUCUGAAAUGAUUCACAUUUUUAUAUUUCAUCUUUGGUUUUCAGUUGGGUAAUGCAGGAAAAUGCAGUGUCACCGUGCCAUUAAAGUCGUUAAGUUUCGUAGAUCACCAGGGAUGUUUAACAUUUCAAUGCGUUAUCUUCCGUGACACCAGUCUUGCGGGCAGAACAGCUGACACGGUAGCUUUUACUUUGUGUCAGAAUGGAUCCGAUCGCUAAAGGAAAAUUAGCCGUCGAGACACUGAAAAGUUUUGUAAAUAAUAGUUUGUCCAAUAAAGAACCAUGGCAGAUAGUGACAAUGACCACUGGAGCAGUAUUGGCAACCGUUUGGUUUUUCGAUUUCAUCAACCAAGACGAAAGCGUUCCAUCCCGGUUAAAGAAGGCCGUGUUUCGAUUAGCAAGGAAGAUACCAGCAGUUGCCAGGAGAAUUGACAGUGAGAUGAGUAAUAUGAGAAAGACAUUCGAAGAUGAGGUCAGACAUCGCAAUGAGAAAAUUGACUACAUCACAAACUUGCCUGAGAGUGGAAAGAACCGCGAGGAAAUACUCAAACAAGUCAAAGCCUAUUUGGAACUAGGAGACUACGAUUGGAAAAAAGGAUAUGUUUCAGGAACAGUGUACUUUCAUAAUCCUGAACUUAUUGAAUUACUUACUGAAGUUUAUGGUCUUGCAUCCUAUACAAAUCCACUUCACCCUGAUGUUUUCCCCGGUGUCUGCAAAAUGGAAGCAGAGGUGGUUAGAAUAGCUGCAAAUCUCUUCCAUGGCUCCCCCUCUGCAUGUGGAACUAUGACUACAGGUGGAACUGAAUCUAUAUUGAUGGCAUGCAAAGCAUAUCGUGACUACGCAAAAUUUGAGAGGGGUAUCAAACAUCCAGAGAUUGUUUUGCCAAAAACAGCCCAUCCAGCAUUUGACAAGGCUGCAUUGUAUUUCGGCAUGAGAAUCAAACACGUUCCUGUUGAUCCUGUCACCACCAAAGUCAAUAUAAGGGCAAUGAAGAAUUCUAUCAGUAAAAAUACAUGCAUGCUAGUUGGAUCAGUGCCAAACUUCCCCUAUGGAACUAUGGAUGACAUUGAGGCUAUAGCAGAAUUAGGAAGGAGAUACAACAUACCUGUACAUGUAGAUGCCUGCUUAGGAGGUUUUGUCAUUGUGUUCAUGCAAAAAGCAGGCUACAAAUUACCACCAUUUGAUUUUUCUGUUCCUGGAGUUACAAGUAUAUCAGCAGAUACACACAAGUAUGGAUUUGCACCAAAGGGAUCAUCAGUUGUUUUAUAUUCUGAACCAAAGUACCGCCACCAUCAGUUCACUGUUACCACUGAUUGGCCAGGUGGUGUAUACGGGUCUCCGUGUGUAAGUGGCUCCAGGGCAGGAGGUAUUAUAGCAGCUUGCUGGGCUACAAUGAUGUACUUUGGCUUAGAUGGUUAUGUUGAGGCAACAAAAAAAAUUGUAUCCACAACAAAGAAGAUUGAGGAAGGAUUGCGUAAAAUGAAAGGGAUAUUUGUUUUUGGAACUGCUGACACAUCAGUGGUAGCAGUUGGCUCCAAUGUUUUUCAUAUUUAUAGACUGUCAGAUGCAAUUACUAAACGUGGUUGGAAUAUUAAUGCACUCCAGUUUCCGCCUGGAAUGCAUCUCUGUGUAACAUACAUGCAUACUGCUGAGGGAGUUGCUGAGAGAUUCCUGUCAGACAUUCAGGAAGAACUAGAAAAGAUCCUGAAAGAACCUGUUAAAGAAGUUGGGGGAAAGUUUGCAGUUUAUGGUAUGUCACAAAGUGUUCCUGAUCGUUCCAUUGUGGGAGAUUUCACACGAUGUUUCCUGGACUCUAUGUACUACACACCUAGUCAACCUAAUGGUACAGGAAAUUCAAAGAGUGUUGUAUAGGUUUGUGUCUUACUUUCCACAAGAGAUGAGAUUCCAACAGAAAAGAAAGAACAGAAAACUCAGUGACCUGAGGAUUUUAAUUUCGUGUUGUCUUCAUAUCUAGUGCUUGUUCAGUAUAUGUUAGCACCAAAGAAGUAUUAGUGUACCUACUAAAAUAUUGGAAAACAGUAUUCUAGGUGAGAAACAAUUUUGUAAUUGUGAUUCUUGAAUAAUUUCAAAGUAAAAUAAUAUGUUAAGGCUACAGCAUAGAAGAAAAUUUUGAGUGCCUUUUGACAGAAAUAAAUCCACAGCUGAACUAUAUUUUAAGAAUGUUACGUUGGUCUAUAUCUAUAUUUGUAACCAGUGUUAUUGUACAAUGGCUGUUUCUAUUCUCCUUCAAGUAUCUAUCCUUAAUAACAGAGAUAACUGUGUGCCAUACAAUCUAAUAUUCACAAUAUGUACCACAUUUAUUAUAUUUUAUUAUUCCUGUAUUAUAUAUUUUAUAUACUAUAUGAAUAUAUGUAAGUUUUUCUAUUUUACAUAAGUGUUUCCAUUCUGUGGUUGCCAGUUGUGUACAGCUGAAUUAUACUGAUAUAAAAAAAAGUUGAUAAAA